UGAAGAUCGACUCUUUGAUACAGCUUCAUCCCAGUACUCACAGGUGCGCGGCUUGUGCAUGCUCAUCCGUCCCUUGGCUAUGGUGCUCGGGCGGCAAGAUUCGCACGUCGCGAAUCCAGGCUUGCUAGUCGCACUGAUGAAGCGCUUGAUGAACCUUGGUAAAUGAAAGAGAUCUUCACCAGCUAGCCUCCACGCUAAUCCGCCCCGUUUCUACCAGCACCUCUGAGAGCUGACAGACUUUGAUUAUAUUACCAAUCCUCGUAGCUAUCACGGCCAAUUGCGGUUCCAGGACUUUUCAAAUCGGCAACCCAAAGACAACAUGGUACGACGACCGUUCUCCGCAUGUCCACACUCAGAACCGCUUCCCAGCACUCUGCCGCCAACGCCAGAGACAUGGCAGAAAAUUCCAGAUCCGCAUCCCCAGAUCCAGAUUCUUCACGCUAAAGUCGCACGCAAGCGUGACCAGUGGUUGACUCUGCAGAUCGAGAAGAGUCAUGCGAUGCAAGAAUAUCUACACAAGCGCAGAUUCUUCGAAGAGUCAACAGGUGCCAUCAUGCAGUCAUUCGAGAACGGCAAUGGCUUCUUGAAUCCAGUGUCCGAAACACAGGCACACCAAUUGCGAGCCGACAGCGAAGCGCUUCGAAGUCAAUCAGAUGCAUUGCAAGAGCUUGAACGACAGUCUGCGGUUAUUCAAUAUGCGAUUGCGAGGCUCGAGGCCAAGCUCAUGGAUUCUAUAGGCGCCCUGGCCGGGGUGUUGUUGCCUAGCAGUGCUUCGGCGCCUGGAAGCUGGUCAGAGUCCGACUCCGAACUUGACAUUUGAUUCGUGGCGGCAUUCCUCCAAGUCGUGGAAACGGGAAAUGUUGGAUGACUCGACUCGCACUCUAUCUUGUUGUUAGUCGCCCACCUAAGGCUAUUAUGUAAACGACUCUUCGGCCACUGUCUGCGGAUUCUGCUCAUAUAACAGCCUCCUAUGUUCGUAGCCAUUUUUCAACGUAUGAAAUCGCAUGAAGCAGAGGCAGCGUGACGCCCGCCCUUCCUAGCGAAUUGGACAGGCUUGCUUUACCAAUAAUGUGAAGUUUAUGUAUUGGUUUCUUUUGAACCAAUAAGCUGUACGCGUUUCGUGGUGGCGUACGUGGCGCCUUCCC